AUGGAGGGACUCUGUGGUGGAGUAGAAAUGGCCUGGGUGGUCCGUCCUCCAGAGACGGUGAAGACCGGUGAGGUGUUCAGCGUCACAUACUCGGUAACGGCCACAGACUCUUUCUACCACUGGGCAGUCGAAAACCACAUCUUUACACACAGUUCCAUAGCGAAUGCUGAAGCAGCUCGGACAUUUUGUGAACAUCACGACUGUCCGACCAACUGGAAAGAUGCAGACGGAGAAAACUGCUGCAUUCAUCAUGCUAACAUCCACUCCUGUCCACUGGGGUACAUGACUUCAGAGAGCAUCUGUGGUCCCUGGAUUCCUGAUGACGGAAGAAUCUUCACACACACCAUCUCGACCUCCGGCAAGAUGACGCAGACCAACUGGACUGCCAAGGUGGUCCUGGUCCAUGCUGGUUUAACCUCGCUCAUUGCUCAUAUACGAGUCGGUCGCAUGCAGGUUGCUCUUGAGGCCAAGAGCACCGUGCAGCCUGCUGUAGUGUGUGGUGAUGGUGUCUGUGAGGAGGCAGAGCUUUGUUCCACCUGUUCAGCUGACUGUGGUGAAUGCCCUAUGAGCCCAACCACCAAGCUAGCGAUCGGACUGCCACUCAGCCUGCUCUGCCUCUGCUUCAUACUGACCGCUGUGUGGCUGAGGUAUCAGAAACAGAAGCUGUUGUGGGAUGAGAGCUGGAUCAUAGACUUUGCAACGAUAAAACAAGAUCAGGAAGCUCAUAUGACCACGGGCAGUAUGAUGAGUGUACCGGUAGGGAACAGCGACAGUAACACCAGCUGUGUGACUGCUCUCAGCUCCUAUACAGGACAACCCGGGACCCGAAAAACACCGUUCACCUGCACUGGGAUAUAUGACGGCAGGACGGUGGCCAUCAAGCGGAUUCAAACAAAGACUUUCUCUCUGUCCAAAACCAUCAGACAGGAAGUCAAACAAGUCAGGGAGCUCGAUCACCCCAACCUGUGUAAGUUCAUUGGCGGGUGUGUUGAGGUUCCUAAUGUUGCCAUAGUGACGGAGUACUGCCCAAAAGGAAGCCUUAAUGAUGUCCUUCUUAAUGAUGAGAUCCCACUUAACUGGGGCUUCAGGUUUUCGUUUGCUACAGACAUUGCGAGAGGGGUGUCGUACCUACACCAACACAAGAUCUGUCAUGGCCGACUCAAGUCUCUAAACUGUGUCUUAGACGACCGCUGGGUCUGCAAAAUAACAGAUUAUGGCCUGAGGAUGUAUCGCACAGAUGAUAGGGCGGAGCCUCUUUCCAGCUAUCAGCAGAGACUCCUGGAGGUGUACAUGCCGCCUGAGUUUCAUAACUCUAACAUGGAGCCGACGCUGACUGGAGACGUGUUCAGUUAUUCCAUCAUUUUGCUGGAGAUUGCAACUCGGAGUGACCCCGUCCCAGCAGAGGAGUCUAAUCUGGAGAGUGCCUGGUGUCCUCCUCUGCCAGAGCUGAUCUCCAGUAAAGCCGACAGCACCUGCCCCUGUCCUGCUGACUAUGUAGAGCUGAUCCGACGAUGUCGCUCUCAUAACCCCACCCACCGACCCACCUUUGAACAAAUCAAGAAGUUUGUUCACCGAAUCAACCCGAUCAAAGUCAGCCCGGUGGACAUGAUGAUGAACCUGAUGGAGAAGUACAGUAAGCACCUGGAGGUGUUGGUGGCUGAGCGGACACAGGAUCUGAUGCAUGAGAAACAGAGGACUGACAGACUGCUAUACAGUAUGCUUCCGAAACAGGUAGCUGAUGACCUGCGGCAGGGGAAACCGCUGCAGGCUCAGAGUUAUGUCAGUGCUACCAUCUUCUUCAGUGAUAUCGUGGGCUUCACACAGCUGUCCAGCAGCAGCACACCUUACCAGGUCGUAGAUUUCCUCAACAAACUCUACACAACGUUUGAUGACAUCAUUGACAACUACGACGUCUACAAGGUGGAAACCAUCGGAGAUGCAUACAUGGUGGUCUCCGGUGUUCCCCUGGAGAACGGGAUCCUCCACGCCUCAGAGAUUGCCAGCAUGGCUCUGGACCUGGUGGGUGUCUGUCGCACCUUCAGGAUCCCCCACAAACCCAACAUACAGCUACAGAUACGAGCCGGGAUACACUCCGGUCCGGUGGUAGCGGGGGUUGUGGGGACGAAGAUGCCUCGUUACUGUCUGUUCGGAGACACAGUCAACACAGCAUCUAGGAUGGAGUCCACCAGCCUGGCCCUGAAGAUCCAGUGCAGCUCCAGUGCCUUUUACCUGCUGGAGGAGAUCGGCGGCUACGUCCUGGAGUGCAGAGGAAUGCUGCAGGUCAAGGGGAAAGGUGAUAUGGUAACUUAUUGGCUGGUGGGGAAGAAGACAUCUCUGGUCUCCAAGGACGUCAGUCCAGACACCAAGACGACCAAACACAUCACCACUGAGACAGAGGCAGAGGCGGAGAAAGAGCGAGAGUUGUACUCCUCCAUGCCCGGGUUCCUAAACGAUGAUCUCCUGGAUCCGGCCUGAUCCCCAGAAACUCUGAGUUUAUCAUUUGAUGUGAUUUCUUCAGUUGCCAUCUGUGUUUGUUGACAGUUAGCCUGAAAACUAUAUAUAAUGUGUUAUAUGUUAUAUGUAUGCAUCGUGCUGUGGCUGUUUAAUUAUGUCAAUCAACUGAACAACAAGAUCCCCAGAGCUUAAACACAUUAACACAUUAUUAUAACUGUGUAAGUGGGUAACACCCUUUAACCUUAUUCCUGAACUUUAUACAGAGGUUAGGGACACGAGGCAGAGGUCGUGCUGUAGAUACAGAGCAGAAGUCGAUGCUGUAGAUACGGGGCAUCAGUCAUUCUUCUGGAUUCGUCCUGAUCCCCAGAAACUCAGUUUAUCAUUUGAUGUGAUUUUUUUUCCAGUUGUCAUCUGUGUUUGUUGACAGCCUGAAAGUAUUUAUAUGUUAUGUAACCACCAUGUUGUGGCUGUUUAAUUGUCAUUAAUCCACUGAACAAGAUCCCUGCAUCUUAAACACAUUAUUAGAACUAAGCACUCAACAAGUAAGGACAAGUAAAAUCAGGCAAGUAAAUCUUGCAACAGGUUGUUUUUUUCCGGUGCUCAUGAUUGAUGAGCUAAUGAGUGAGCUAUCUCGCUUCCUUCUCACCUCUGUUGAGGGUUGCACAUGCUCAGUACUGAUCAGGCACUUACGAGAACAUGCUGUCAGGUAAAGACAAAGCCAAAAGAGCAUUUCUGUAAUGUCAGAAACAGGAGUUUAGUUGGGGGGCGUUAGAGGAUGGAAGUUUGAGAGCAAGGCAUUCGUGGGUGGAUCUAGCUGACAUGAAAAAGGCCUGGUCACCUCAGUUUGGUGUCAAAUGCUUUACAUUGCGUUAAUUGAGAUUAAUAAAGUCUAAAAAAAAACAGAUAUUCAUUUAAUUAUCUGUUAUGGCGACAUCUUAGACUAAGUAAUGACUUGAAGGCGUAAUUUCAAUGAAGACAAUCAUGUAUUUUGGAAAAAUGUCUAAAGAUUUGGAAAUAAAACAAUUUAUUGAUUUCUACAGGGUCGUUUUUAAAGGAAAAUUUUAAAAGCUAGAAGAGUUAUUCAGAAGCUGCUAAUAAAUAAAACUAUUUGUAUUGGGGCAAGUACAUUUCUGACCCACUAGCCUGAACAGGCAAGAAAAAAACCCCAUUGAACCCUGAUAGUCAGGUAAAAUCAUUAUUACUAACAAAUCUAGUUCAAGAUUUGGCCAAAAAUAUUGGUAGCCUUAAGUUGGCUUUUUUAAAGUCUAGCUAAUUAGAAAACAGUUGGUCUCAAACAGCUAGUUAUUUAGCUGUUGUUUGCUGAAAUGUGGUUGUCUCUUCAAAAUAGACUAGCCUAGCACAUAGCAUAUCUAAGUACAGGAAAGGAGGAGGUUGACCGAGGUUACGGUCAGCUGUCGUUGGAAGGGGUCCGUUGCA